AUGUAUGUGCCCAUCUCGGAGGUUCUACUUGGUAUCACAGGCAAAGACUUCGUCAUUCUGGCAGCUUCAAAGGCUGCUAUGAGAGGUCCCACCAUUCUCAAAGCCGAAGAUGAUAAGACGAAGCAACUAAACGAGCACACCCUUGUCGCUUUCUCUGGGGAGGCGGGAGACACGGUACAAUUCGCCGAAUACGUUCAAGCCAAUGUCCAGCUAUACACAAUGCGAAACGAUACCGAGCUGUCCCCAAACGCCGUCGCUAACUUCGUUCGAGGAGAGCUGGCCCGCAGCCUGCGAUCGCGAAACCCCUACACAGUGAACCUUCUUCUCGGCGGAGUAGACCCUAUCUCUCAGAAACCACACCUAUACUGGAUCGACUACCUCGCCUCGUUGGCCCGAGUCCCAUAUGCCGCUCACGGCUAUGCUCAGUACUACUGUCUAUCAACGCUUGACAAGCACCACCAUCCCGACAUUACCCUGGAGCAGGGCAUGAAACUGUUAGAGAUGUGCACAGAUGAGUUGAAGCGUCGGCUGCCGAUUGACUACAAGGGGGUUUUGGUCAAGGUGGUGACUAAAGAUGGCGUGAGGGAGGUAGAAUUCGAUAAUAACCGAAUUGUCAAGAGUGCUUAA